CACUAACCUACCUGUCAUGCGGUCAUAAAAGCGGACACAUGAUGAGAUCGUGCAUUCAUCCCACCUGACACAGCCUCUCCCUGCACUCCGUGGACAAAACUCCUGUUUCCUCUCUGCACAGCUUGUCUCACAUACCACACAGCGAGUCCGGCCUCAGAAAAGUUGCCUGUGACUUCAGCUUUCGUCUUCGAGGAACACAGCUUCACGACAGGGGGAUGAAUAAAAUAACUACCCAAAAGAAUUAACCACCCGAUUAAACUACACGAAUGAACUAACUACCUGAAACAAGAAGACAGCAGAGGGAAGAAAAAAAUAGGUCUGAUUACUCAUUCACUACAGAAUCUGCUCACAAGCGCGUUCACGGAGUCCUCGCCUAACAUGAAGAUCAGAAUGUAUCUCGCGCUUGGUAUCCUUCUCUCCAUGGCUCACAUGAUACUGCCAGCAACUGCCUGUACCCAGGGUAGUGACUGCUUACUGCCCGACUGCUUCUGCUCAACAUUCGACCAUCCAGAUUUCACGGAUGUCAAGGACAUUCCACAAAUGGUCUACUUCGGAUUUGAUGAUGCUCUGACCACUGAGGUUGACCGCUUCUACCAGCAGGUGUUCACAAAUACCCGGCUAAAUCCAAACGGCUGUCCAAUCACUAUGUCCCUGUACGUGCAAAAUCAGUACACCGAUUAUUCAUUGGUGGAGAAGCACUUCCAACGUGGCGACGAGAUCGGGUCCCACAGUGUAAAUCAUAUUAACGUGGACACCGCGGAGCUACUGCAGUUUGAGGCUGGACAGCAAAAGGAGAAUCUCAUCAAUAACGGCCAUGUUGCCAGAGACCAGGUGGUGGGUUGGCGAAGUCCCAACCUGCAGACAGCAGGCGACGCGCAGCCGGACGUGCUGAAGGCUCUGAACUACACCUACGACAUCUCGCUCACCUACGUCCGGCAGAGCAACAAUCGUAUACCCUGGCCCUACACCCUGGACUUCGGCUACCCGUACACGUGUUCCAUCCCUUCCUGUCCAGGUGCGCAGGUCAGCCACCCGGGGUUCUGGGAGAUACCAGUGUUCUCACUGUUGGAUUCUGAGAGUGGGUUCCCUUGCGCCUACGUGGACAGCUGUCGUCCGAGCAGCGAAAACGCGGCCUUUAACUACCUGUGGAGCAACUUUGAAAAGGUGUACAACGACAACCGAGCUCCCUUCGGGCUCAACAUGCACGCAGCGUGGUUUUUCUUUGAUGAUUACAUCAAAGCUACUCAUACUUUCGUCGAAAGACUUUUGCAGUUAGAUGACGUGUACAUAAUCUCGGGCAAGAAAGUUCUGGACUGGAUGCGUAACCCAGUCAAGGUAUCAGAAAUUCCCACAAAAAUGCCCUCCUGGGGAUGCUCAAACCCAGUUCCAAGAUCAUCAGCUUUGCAACGCACAACCAAACUCAGCAAUCUAGUUCCCUCCACGACCCCCGUAGUGACGAGCACCGCUGGCCCAGCUACAACAACAGAGGGGAACGGGAAGGCUAGGACAGCGGCAACAACACCGCUUCCAGUUGACGUCCCCGUCGGCAACGACUCCUGCGUGCAGGGAGUUAACUGCGUCCUGCCAUCUUGCCAGUGCCGCUCUGUUGAUCCUCCAGGCCAACUGAGCCCCGACAACACCCCUCAGAUCGUCUACUUCACUGUCAGCGGCCGGGUUGACGUUCUGACUUACCAGCCUCUCCUCAAACUGCUGGGCAACGGGCAGAACCCCAACAACUGCUCCGUCAGCUCCACGGUGUUUGUGCCCACCACGGGUAAUUCCAUCCCCUAUCUACAAGGUCUGCUCAGCCGCCGACACGAGGUUGCAAUGUACGGCAAGGAGGGUUAUAAAUACACGCCCACGCCGUCUGUCGAAGAGCAGGUGGCGGAGCAGUUGAUGCAGUUUGCGGCUCAGACCAGUGACAUCCAGUUGAAGCCCAACGACGGAGCCGUGAACCGUGGCUGGAGAAGUCCUUUAGACAGUGUUUUAAAUGACGAGUUGCUCACUGCCUUGGUAAAAGGAGGAGUCCAGUAUGACAGCUCAGUGACCAUUGGCCGCAGCAGACCAUACAAAGACCUCCUCCCCUGGCCUUACACCCUGGACUUUGGCUUUCAAGAUGUCUGUUCCGGCAGCCAGAACCAGUGUCCUGUCAAAAGACAUCCGGGUCUCUGGGAAGUUCCAAUCGUUCCAAUGGUGGACACAAAACAAGAGUACACCUGCACUUUCGUAGAUGCCUGCACAUUUAACCGACCCAGCUUGGCAGAGGAAACUCAUAAGUACUUGCUAAACAACUUCGACUUUAACUACAACCACAACCGAGCUCCGUUUGGCAUCAAUAUUCGUCGAGACUGGCUGAGUCAUCCAUACGCUGAGAACCUCAUGGGCCUGGAAAUGUUCCUUAACACAAUUUUGAAGGAACGACCUGAUACUUAUGUCAUGUCGAUCGAAAAAAUGCUGGACUGGAUGCAAAAUCCCACAGGACUGGACAAAAUUAACUCUUUUCUGCCAUGGAAGUGCAGUUCAUAAUUCUUUGCUUUUAUAUGUCGAGCAAACUGCGAAAUCUGUAUUUUUUUGCAGAGGUAGCAAUAAUUAAAAUUAGAAUGUCUCAGACGAUUAAUUUUUCAUAUGUGAUCCCAAUUUUGUAAGGACCUUUUGCGACACCUGAUAUGCGCAGUCUACAGAUUCUGUAAGCCUAUAGAAAUCACGAAGAUAUAUAUUACACAUAUACUUUCAAAACAUAUCAUGAUGAAAAAAAUUUUACAGUUCAAUAUAAUUUAUAUUAUUCUGAUGUAUCCGACGCCACACACUUUCCUGGCAAAAAGAAGCAGUGUAUGUCAUAGCAAAGAAAUCCUCUUCUCUGUCUCAAUCCAAACAAUGUAUUGCAAUAGCUGCACUGCAUUAAAAGGCUAUGUAUUUCUGUCAGCAUUUGUGUGGAGAUUUAAGUCAGUCAAUCUUUUUUUUAAGGGAUUAAAGGUCCAAAUUGUUUCAUCUGUAGAGUUGUUGACCUGAGUUUUGUCCGAUAUUUUGAUCUUUUCCAAUCCCUCAAAACAUGCAAUAAAGUGUCAAAAGUAUGCAGCACAAUGA